CGUAAACUCGGUGUUGUUAAGUUAUGUUUGUUAUGGUUAUUAUUGGUUAAGUAUGAUCAGCUUUGUGAAUGUACGUACAAGCUCCUAGCCUAGGCCAGGCCAAGUGUCAAGACUCAUUGAUAGUUUAGGGCAAGGCUUUAAAUCUGUGUUAUAGUUUACAUUAGUGAUGUCCUGUGAAACCUAAAUAAAAGUAAUAAAGCGAAGGUGAUCGUUAUAAUCAUAUAUUUUUGUUUUAACUUGUGUGAGUCAGAAACAUACAGUAGGCUAGCUGAAUCAAAUUAUUCGAGAUAGGCCUAUCGACUUGUUAUACCUAUUCAUUCAUCAAACAUUGAGAAUGCCAAGUUCUAUGCUCUUUGCUGUCAACAAUGAUGGGAAAAUAUUUGGAUUAUCAACUAAUGGAACAAAGUGGAGAGAAUUUCAGUACUUAGGAUUGGAUUUCAAACAGGUUUCUGCAGUCCCUAAUUUCCUUUGGGCUGUUGGAAGUGACAGACAGAUAUAUGUCCAUGUUCACGGCUUAGACAUUCCCAUUCGGAUAAAAGAAGAAUCUUAUGAAAACCAGAGAUGGUCACCGAUACAGGGGUUUGGAAAGCAUAUGUUGCCAACCGAUCGCUAUCGAUGGUCAACCAAGGAUGGUCUGACAGAACGUCGCCUAGACAAGAUCAGACUGCCAUCAAUGGCUUGGCAGUGGGAGGGAGAUUGGCACAUUGAGACUACAUUGGACGGCCAGCAGCUUGAUGAUGAUGGAUGGACUUAUGCCGUUGACUUUCCUGCUACAUAUCACAGUACAAAGCAGUGGUCGUCUUGUGUGAGAAGGCGCAAGUGGGUGAGAUACAGACGCUACGCAGCCAUCAACUCCUGGUGUGCCAUCGCUCCUCUACACAAGGACCCCACUCAGGAACCUUUUAUUGAUGUGAGCAUAGGAGGAAUAGUCUUGCCUGGGUGCUCUACAGGUUCCAUGCAAGUCUGGGCUGUGACUGCUUAUGGCAGAGUGAUGUACAGGUCUGGUGUGAGCCGACUGUCACCCGAGGGAGUGCGGUGGACUUCUGUCUCACUGCCUGCAGGCUGUGACAUAGUCUCACUGAGCUGUGGCGCGACAGGACUUGUCUGGGCUGUCAUGUUCAAUGGCAGAGCACUCGUACGAGGUGGCAUCACUGGCAUCAGUCCUACUGGGUCACACUGGGUGGAGGUGGCUGCUCCAGAGGAAGGACUGAGGCUAGUCAGGGUCAGUGUGGGCACCAACAGUGUGUGGGCAGUGACUAGUGACCAGCGAGUGUGGUUCCACCAGGUUGACACUGAUAGUAUGUUUGUGGACAGGGUCACACUGGGUGGAGGUGGCUGCUCCAGAGGAAGGACUGAGGCUAGUCAGGGGUCACACUGGGUGGAGGUGGCUGCUCCAGAGGAAGGACUGAGGCUAGUCAGGGUCAGUGUGGGCACCAACAGUGUAUGGGCAGUGACUAGUGACCAGCGAGUGUGGUUCCACCAGGUUGACACUGAUAGUAUGUUUGUGGACAGGGUCACACUGGGUGGAGGUGGCUGCUCCAGAGGAAGGACUGAGGCUAGUCAGGGGUCACACUGGGUGGAGGUGGCUGCUCCAGAGGAAGGACUGAGGCUAGUCAGGGUCAGUGUGGGCACCAACAGUGUAUGGGCAGUGACUAGGUCACACUGGGUGGAGGUGGCUGCUCCAGAGGAAGGACUGAGGCUAGUCAGGGUCAGUGUGGGCACCAACAGUGUGUGGGCAGUGACUAGUGACCAGCGAGUGUGGUUUCGAAAGGGUGUCAAGGGCAGCACGGCCGAGGGAGGGACUAGUGAUGAGCUGGUGAGAGGCUCGGGCUGGGUCGAGAUGGUUGGUGAAAUGGCCAUGGUCUCAGUUGCCACCAAUGAUCAGGUAUUUGGGGUGGGAGCUGAGGAUCGCACUGUGUACUACCGUGCCGGGGUAUCAGCUGCAGAAUUGACAGGUAGGCGUUGGAGGCCUCUACAUGCCAUCACUCAGUACAGCCGAUCUAGCAGUCUUGCCAGCAGUCAGUGGUCUGUCAAUGGGAAGCAACACAGUGCCUCCUCCCUGAACCGAAACAGCCUUUUGGAGCAAGUAGGAGAAGGGGAAGGAGAAGGUGAACAAUCUCGCUCUGCUCCAGUGUCAACCAAACAAGCCUGGCGUCGCUCUGUGGAUGGAUCCAACCUCCGCCACCACCAUAGACAGAGCUCAGACUCGGGGGCUGUUGAACAUCCGGUGCUUGAGUGCAGCCAGAGUGAGGUGGAUCUCUCCCGACGCAGUGUAAGGGCCUGGUCUCCUGUUCGGUCCGUGGGAUCUGUGCUAGGUAUGGAAGCUAUGCCUUCUACUGACCCGUCCCUUGUACUGGACCCCGAGUGUGAGCGGGACGUGUUCCGAGAGCGAGACGGAGACAUUGGAGAGCCUAGCUGGGACCAAGCUGCUACAAUGUGGGUGUGUGUAGAGGCUGGAGCAGUCACAGUGGACCCAGCAGUGCUGCCCAACUGGUUCCAUGAGGGUGUACUCAGCGGGCAGUUUGAGAGUGCUCCGUGGAGAACUAAGAUCUUAGCAGACCUCAGGCAGCGACUGCGGGCAGAAGUCUCCUCUUUUGAAAAGUAUGAACUCGCUGUUGAAAUGGCGUCAUGGGUGAAGAGUGGGGAGUGUCGGUGCUGUCUACCAGGUACGGUGACAUACGAUGACUGUGUGGUUGAGCUGGAGUGGAUAGGGAGUCAAGCAGGAUCUCUUGAAGCUGGCACUCUCUCCAUACUGACUGUAGACAAAGCGCAUACUAGGACACAGUUGUCACUGGGGGAGGUGGUAUGUGUUGCCAACUGCAGUGAGCCUGGGUGUUCACGUGUGGCUGUACACACACUCCGCAGUGCUGCCACCCAGACAACACUACUCAAGCUACAUUUCUCUGGAGAUGAACAGGAAAAAGUUGUCACUGGGGGAGGUGGUUAUGUUGCCAACUGCAGUGAGCCUGGGUGUUCAUGUGUGGCUGUACACACACUGCACAGUGCUGCCACCCAGACAACACUACUCAAGCUACAUUUCUCUGGAGAUGAACAGGGUUUAUGUUAA